AGGAUGUUGAGUGGUGGUGGCUCUCGUCUUUCCACUCAUCUCCGGCUGCGAGACUGCGACCUCCAGCCUCAACUUGGUUUUGGCUUCGGAUUGGGUUCUCGCCUGCGACGACGCUCUCUCAAUCUCAAACCUAGAAUCUCCUCUUUUCCCUCUAUCAUUCCUUCCAACUCUUUCAGCCAAGGACAGGACCAACGUGAGCUUCCCUCCGACGUAUUGUCCUCAGUCGCAGGUGGAAUAGUUGCACUGGGAAAAUUUGAUGCCCUGCAUAUAGGUCAUCGAGAACUUGCUAUUCAAGCCUCAAAGGUCGGGCCUCCGUUUCUUUUAUCAUUUGUUGGAAUGGCUGAAGUACUGGGUUGGGAACCUAGGGCUCCAAUAGUUGCCAAAUGUGAUCGAAAGAGGAUUCUUUCCACAUGGGCCCCAUAUUGUGGUAACAUGGUCCCUGAAGAGUUUGAAAUUCAAUUUUCAAGUGUUCGAAAACUCACUCCACGGGAAUUUGUGGAAAAGUUGUUGAAGGAGUUUGGAGUUUGUGGUGUUGUGGCAGGCGAAAACUACCGAUUUGGAUAUAAAGCAGCUGGUGAUGCGACAGAGCUGAUGAAGCUGUGUGAAGAAUAUGGUAUGGGGGCUUACAUCAUAAAAUCUGUUAUGGACAAGAACCCAUACUCCAUCAACACAAACUCAGAUUCAAAAGAUAGAGGACAAGUUUCAUCCACUCGUGUUCGGCGCGCCCUUGCUGUAGGAGAUAUGAAGUAUGUGUCUAAACUUCUGGGUCGGCAACACCGUGUGAUAUUGGUUGCAAAGGAUGAAGAGGGUUUUCGUUGGAGCAGACAUAAAUUGUCAGUUCCAAAGUCGUGCAUGUUAAAUUUAGGUCCAAAGGAGGGUCUGUAUGGGAAGUGUUAUGUGUUAAUUGGCGAUGAAGGGGACUUAUUAGUCCCAUGUAGUGUAGUGAUUGAUACAGCAUAUAUCCACAUAGAAACGGAUGAGGUAGUUGGUAAGUAUGAUGAUGUAGUUAGUAGUGAACAGGAUAUGAGUCUCAUACGUAUUGAAUUUGGUGAUAUGGAAUGUUGAAUUCAUUUUCCCUGCACGAAAUGCUAAUGGUUACAUCUGUGAUCGAUAGGUUGUUGCAUGCAUAAACAGAGAGCUAGCUUAUAGCCAACAGCCAUGGGACCU